AUGCCAAGUGUGGCUGACACAAUCCACAAGGCGUUUGGAUCUGUACCUACGCUCAAGGCAGACGGCACGAACUAUCGCACAUGGAUUCAGCGCGUCAACUUCGCCGCACUCGGAUGCGCGUGCAAAGCGCUGUUAACUGCAGCGCCCAUUCUGUCCGACAAGGAGGAAGAAGCGAACGCGUUGCUGGCAGCCAUUGCGGGUAAGCUGCCCGAUUCCAUCUUCAUGAACAUCUCGGGCACUGCGAAGGUUCCCAACAACAUCAUCGAUGCUAUGAAGACCCACUUUGGGCAGACCACUGCCGUGUCCGAGGCAAGCGCCCAGAAGCGCCUGUUCUCGUUGCAUUGCGAUAACGAGAAGAAGAUGCAGGAGCAUCUGGAUCAUCUUCUCACGCUCAAAGAGGAGAUCGCGGAGGCCGGAAUUACCAUCGAGGAUAAGACUUUCACGGACGCCGUUAUCGCCUCCGUACCAGCCUCGUACAUGUCUAUCGUUCAGGCAUACGAGUCUUCCAUUCAUGUCUACAAUGCCACUAAUCCUGCGACUAAGCGGGUGGUCAAGUCGACCGAGCUUCUCCCGCUAUUGCGUGCGGAAGCGCAGUCCCGCAUGAGCAUCGCACAGUCGAAGCCGAAAGAGGAAGUUGCAGCAGCGAUUGACUCUCGUGGCAGGCGCGGCAAGGGCAGAGGCCGCGGCGGCGCUAAGACCGGCAGCGGUGCUGGUUCGAGGCAAGGACAAGUCACUACGGACGCAAAUAUUACUUGCUUCAAGUGCUUAGGGAAAGGGCACCGGGCCAAUGUUUGCCCGUCAAAGCAGCAGGUCAAGAAGACCGGUGACAGCGCGAAUGUCGCGCAAGGAGCUUCUUCAUCCUCUGGAGACAGCAGGGGCACAUCUUCGGGCACCGCCAAACCUCCCGCAACAAUCGCAGCUAAGAUUGUUGAGAUCGAGGAGGGCUGGAUGACCUCCAACGAAGGCUUGAUGGCUGACCAGAGCAUUGACGAAGGCCUCACGACCGCGUACAACACCAUGGUCGAUGUCUACGACUCCGGUGCAACGAACCACAUG